UUUUUCAUGAUCGUGGUCCUCUGCCAUGUGUGGCUCUUGGUGCUAUUAACUUAGGCUACCAUGCUGCUAAGAGAUAUGUAGCCUAAUGUGGACUGAAAUAUGUGCUGAUACUUGUUUAAUUUGGGCCGGUACUUUUUAUAUUUAGGUGAACGAACUCUGCAAUACUUUUAAGCUAAUAUUCUAUAAGAAGUGCACUAACUCAUGCAGUAGACAAUUUUAGGUACCGGUAGUUCACUACAUUCCGCAGUCCGGAACCUGCCCCACUGGUCCCAUGUCGGAUGUCACCGAAAAUUACCCCGUGACUGCCCACCCAAUCCUCCACAAAUGAUGGACUCAGAAAGUUUAACUUUUCAAUGCACCAUGGAUUCUGACAUUAGACGAGUGGCAUCAUUGAAGAAGGAUAUUUUAUUCCUACAAAAACAGCACAGAGAAACACUGAGGAAACUACAUGAGGAAAUCGAAGAAUUAAAACGUGAAAAUAAAGAACUGCACUAUCAAUCGAUAAUGGAGCCACAACAAUCUGAAGUAUCUCCAAGAUGCAGAUCUCAAACACAACAGCCCAGCUACACAGAGCAGACCAACCAUCCUCUGCAUGGUCUGCCAUCUCCAUCAGCAAAUCUAAGAGUGGAUACAGCAAGCACAUCUCAUCUUUUAAGAUCAGAUUUAAAUGCAAAAUCAAAAAGGGGGUUGAUCACAUCCUUGCUUCCCCUGCGGAUUGAUGGUGGUCCAUUUCACUCCCCCUAUGCCCCCACCCUGCAGGAGUGUGAGGUCAUCAUCAGACAGCUCUGUAAAAACAACAACUUGCAGUCCCAGGAGCUGCUACGUGUGAAGGCCAUCCUCAAAGACAUAAUAGUCAACAACAAGAAAAUGUCCCAAGAGGCUUACACACUGACCAAGGCCUACCCCUCUGAUGCAGACAGAGACAAAGACAUUGGAAUGUUUCCAAAACUACCUCUCAAGUCGCUGCCAAAAAAACUGCCCCCAGCCUCGAUUGGCAUGAGAGAAAGAGUAAUCUUGCCAGCCAUCAAACAGAGCCUAAACUCCAGAAUAGCAGAGAGGCAGAAGAAGGCACAAGUUGUGCUGAGAUCCCGUCUGAGAAGAGUGGUGCAGUAGGACACACACAGCAUUAUCAUCACAAAAUAUGCAUCCCUCAGUUUUGAACUGAGUGUGUUGUCUGUGAAUAAAGUAAAGGUGUAAAGUCUGUGAAUGAUA